CUCAACGACGAGAGGCUUAAGAGUCUCACGAUUCAACGAGCAAAGCUUCUCAUUUCCCAGAAUCCAUAUCUGAAGGAUAUGUUACAAAGAUCAUUAGAAACCCGCUCAUUUAAAGAAGUUCGGCGUCUGGAAAUCCUUCAGUCUGACUCGCAUAAAUCACCUACUACGGAAGAAGAGCAUCACCGCCUAACCACCUCCCAGGAGGAACGCCAGGCCCAGCCCACUGCCUUUCUACAAGCACUCGAUGCUUAUCGCAAGAUGUACGAUAGCGAUUCACAUUACGGACGCAUCAUUCCCAUGUUGUCCUCGAGCGGAAUGGGGAAUUCACGCCUGGUAGCAGAGGUGCUGAAAAGAACGCCUGGUCUGAGUAUUUGCUUCCGUAGUGAAG